AUGGAGAUCGAGGGAGACCAGGAACUGUCGAGCGGCCGCAAGGCAAAGGCCGCGCGCACAGAGAAGCUCCCCCCCGCCGUCGAGGGAAGGGCCGAGCCCGAGGGCCUGUCAAGCCCGUCGGCCCCGGACAAGGUCAAGGCGCUGUUCACGGGCGCGGUCAUGACGCCCGAGCUCGCGCCGAAGUCCACCCUCCAUGAAGAAGGAAACCUGUGCCCGCAGUCGGGGCUCUCGCCCCCCGGGGUGAACAUGAACACGCCGUGGUGGGAGGGCGCUGGCGCCCCCCACCCCUCGCAGGGAUAG